AUGGAAAGGGGGAUUCUACGAGCGAAUGAUAGGAAUAAUGAAGUCAAUUCUAAGAAAACUAGCACGGAAGCGAGAAAGCGAUCGACCAACUCGAUCUGCCUGCUAAGUGCUGAUGACAGGUGA